UAGGUUUUGUAAGCGUGGUGUGAGUUUGUAAAGUGUAUAUGGUUGUAAAGUAAUAAAUAGCUUUACAGCUUGUUGUUGGAAUUGUUAUUUUGCAGCAAUUGGAGUUUUAUGAAAGAGUUUUGUUUUCCAUUCUUGUGGUGGGUGGUUAUCAAAUUCCGACAUCUUUUUCAGUUAAUGUUAGGUUAGGUAUUUCCUUGCUGUAAUAUUUUAGUUGCUACACUUGACAUGUUGUCCUUGAAGACAGCUUUGUUGCGGAGCCGGUGUAUGAACGUGACAUUCCUCAGAGAUGCUGUUGGUGGAGGGAGAAUUACCUACUGGAAACAUUUUGUGACAAGACGCAAAUUAAAUACUGCAACAGUACCAGCAACAACUGUUCCUAAUGCAGCAACAAACAAAAUUGUGGGACGCUGGCUGAUUGCUUGCAGUGGUAUGGUGGCAGGAGCAGUCAUUUUAGGAGGAGUGACAAGGCUGACUGAAUCUGGACUAUCAAUGGUUGACUGGCACCUUGUUAAAGAAAUGAAACCUCCUAGCACACGACAGGAGUGGGAAGCUGAGUUUCAGAAAUACCAACAGUUUCCAGAAUUCAAAAUCUUGAACCAUGACAUGACAUUAACAGAGUUCAAAUUUAUCUGGUAUAUGGAAUACUCUCAUCGUAUGUGUGGGCGUGCUGUUGGCCUUGCCUACAUUCUGCCAGCAGUCUACUUCUGGAGAAAAGGCUGGUUUACGAAAUCCAUGAAGGGACAAGUUCUGGGACUGUGUGGCUUUGUCUGCUUUCAGGGCUUGCUGGGUUGGUAUAUGGUAAAAAGUGGACUGGAAGAAAAGCCAGAAUCCUUUGACAUCCCUCGUGUCAGCCAAUACAGGCUGGCUGCACAUCUCGGUUCAGCACUGGUGCUUUACUGUGCCAGUCUGUGGAGUGGACUGUCACUGCUGUUGCCACCAAACAAGAUGCCACAGACCCUUCAAUUACUGAAAUUUAAAAAGUAUGCUCACUGGACUACAGGACUAGUAUUUUUCACAGCUAUAUCAGGUGCCUUUGUGGCAGGGCUUGAUGCGGGUUUAGUCUACAAUUCCUAUCCAAAAAUGGGCACACGCUGGAUCCCUGAAGACCUUCUUGCCUUCUCUCCAAAAAUAAAGAAUUUCUUUGAGAAUCCUACAACUGUACAGUUUGAUCAUAGAAUCUUGCUCCAGUCAAGCCUGACAGGUAUAACCGGGGUGACAGCUAUUACAGCGCUGUACCUGUUUGCACGGAGACUGCCACUCCCACGCAGAACAAGCAUGGCAGUCACUUCAUUGGUGACAAUGGCAUACUUGCAGGUUACUCUUGGAAUUUGCACGCUACUUUUCUAUGUUCCUACUACACUAGCUGCUGCUCACCAGUCAGGAUCCUUGGUACUGCUGUCCAUUGCACUUUGGCUAAUGAAUGAGCUGAAAAGAGUUCCUAAGUAAACAAUGAUGGCUGCAUCACAGAUCCUUGCAGCAUACGAUGCUGGAGUUAUGAUACUCUCUUUAACCAAACGUGUACAACAGGUGGUCUAUCAUUGAUGAUGCAAGCCAUGUGCAGAACAGACUUUCUGGGUACUGUCUCAGUUCUAUAGCAACAUAAAUUAGAGAGCGAAUGCACAUGGAAAAAAGAAUACUUUGUUUACCCAUUCAGCUUGGAAUUAAACUUGUGCAUUGUCAAUCUCUUUUUUUUUUUUUUAUCUUUGAAAAAUAAAAUUUUUGCUACA